CCGACUGGGGAACGGAAGUCAGUGUUUCGCAGUCCAGAGAUCUUGCAGCUGGUCGCUCCAGCUUCCUGGCACUUUGACUCUCCUUACCCGCCGAGCUUUCGGAAGGGUGGUCCGAAUGCCGCUCGGCGGCUUUCUACGAGGAGCUUAACCCGCCUCGCCUGCCGCCCGGAUGGGACCGCUUGAGUGCUAAGGAGCCUGCCGCGUCUUCCCCCAGCUGUUGGGUUCCGCUCGCCAGAGGUGCUGUCGGGGACGUCUUGUCCAGGAGAAGAGAGAGGAUGUGUGUCUGCUUCAGUAGAAAACUACUCACCUAGAUAUUAACUGGAUGACACACCUUGGGUUAUCUGAUUCCAAGAAAGCCAUUUUACAACUGUGUAAAUUGUAGAUAACUAAGGUCUGGGAAGAAGAUCCAACACAUUCCACUGACAAGAUGAGUUUGGAGAUAAAGAAGAACCCCUGGUGUGUACUGUCAAGGAAGAUAAUAGAGUUCCAGGAAGGGAACAGUCAAUAUCUCCAGUGAAGACUGAACUGCCGAGGGAUUUGGGAAAAGACCAGCCGAAGUCCCCAUUCCAUGGAUCCCUUGGGGGCACCUUCCCAGUUUGUGGAUGUGGAUACACUGCCAAGCUGGGGAGACUCCUGUGAAGAUGAAUUAAACGCUUCUGACACUGCAGCCGACACAGACACUAUUCGAUCGCCUUUUCUGUAUAACAAGAACAUCAACGGGAAAGUGGUCCUUUGGAAAGGAGACGUGGCAUUACUGAACUGCACAGCCAUUGUGAAUACCAGCAAUGAAAACCUUACAGAUAAGAAUCCUGUGUCAGAAAGUAUCUUCAUGCUUGCAGGGCCUGAUUUGAAGGAGGAACUCCAGAAACUUAAAGGUUGCCGGACGGGUGAAGCCAAGUUGACGAAAGGCUUUCAUUUGGCUGCCCGGUUCAUCAUUCACACAGUGGGGCCCAAGUACAAGAGCCGCUACCGCACCGCAGCGGAGAGUUCCCUGUACAGCUGCUACAGGAACGUCCUGCAGCUGGCGAAAGAGCAGUCGAUGUCUUCUGUUGGGUUCUGUGUCGUCAACUCCGCCAAACGAGGUUAUCCUUUAGAGGACGCGACACACAUAGCACUUCGCACUGUGAGGAGAUUCCUAGAGAUUCAUGGGGAGACUAUUGAAAAAGUAGUAUUUGCUGUCUCUGAACUGGAAGAGGCCACUUACCAAAAGCUGCUACCUCUGUACUUCCCAAGGUCGUUGAAGGAGGAGAGGCGAUCACUGCUGUACCUACCUGCAGACAUCGGGAACGCGGAAGGGGAGCCCGUGGUGCCUGAGCGGCAGAUCCGGAUCAGCGAGAAGCCCGGGGCCCCGGAGGACGACCAAGAGGAGGAGGAUGAAGGCUUGGGAGUGGAUCUCUCUUUCAUUGGCUCUCACGCUUUCGCGAGAAUGGAAGGAGAUAUCGAUAAGCAAAGACGACUGAUCCUCCAGGGACAGCUAUCGGAGGCAGCCCUGCAGAAACAGCAUCAGAGAAAUUACAAUCGCUGGUUAUGCCAAGCAAGGUCUGAGGACCUGUCUGAUAUUGCGUCUCUGAAAGCCUUAUACCAAACAGGUGUCGACAACUGCGGGCGCACGGUGAUGGUGGUGGUUGGGAGAAACAUCCCAGUGACACUGAUAGAUAUGGACAAGGCUCUCUUAUAUUUCAUCCAUGUAAUGGAUCACAUUGUUGUGAAGGAAUACGUGUUAGUGUAUUUCCACACGCUGACCAGCGAGUACAAUCACCUGGACUCCGACUUCCUGAAGAAGCUCUGUGAUGUCGUUGAUGUCAAGUACAAGAGGAAUUUGAAGGCUGUUUAUUUUGUUCACCCGACGUUUCGUGCAAAGGUAUCAACAUGGUUUUUUACCACCUUUUCUGUCUCAGGACUGAAGGACAAAAUCCACCAUGUGGACAGCCUCCACCAGCUAUUUUCUGCCAUCUCACCUGAACAAAUUGACUUUCCUCCUUUUGUCCUUGAAUACGAUGCCAGGGAAAACGGGCCUUACUAUACGUCGUAUCCCCCAUCACCGGAUUUGUGACCGGCCACCUCUCAGUGCUGCUGGUUCCCGAGGACAUCACUGUCUCCUGGACCUCUGCCUGCUGAAGUGACACUCAUUUCUGCUGGACACGCCCAGAGAGCCUUUUGUCCCCACCUCUCUGGUAUUUUUUUAUUGACCGUAUAUUUUUCGGCACACAAGCAAUCUGAAGACGGUAGACCAUUCUGAAUUGCACACUUAUUUUCAAUUUGUAUAUUUGUAUCAAAUGAAGAUGCUCAUUUUUAGAGGGUUGUUAAUAGAAAUUGGGGG